AUGGUGCCGACGUUUCAAAGCAAAGAUUGGUGGGCAGAUUGGCCUUUGAUUGGUCAAACAAAUGCUAGGCUGGGCCGGGCUAAAACUGAUGUUUUUGAUCGGUUUGUUCGUAGUGUGGCAUUGUUAGAAAUUGUUGGAGGCGUGCUGAGUCAUGAACUAGGUGGGCUGGAGUUGGUUGUUGUGGCGGGCAUAAUGGCCUGGUUGUACUUGGAGAAGGAAGAGAUUGAUACCGAAAUGAUUGUCUGUUGGGGUGGGUUGCACUACAUGUUGCGCCGAUCGGUGAUAUCAGAGGUUGUCUUUUUUGGCCUGGCCGCUCGAAUUAGGGAGGUGAGCUUGGGAGUUUGUUUACGGCCCGUGGCUGUUUAUGCUUUAACAGAACUAGUGGUGGUGUUGCAGAAUCGCUGGCUUUGGAUGUGGUGGCUAAGGAGUUUUUUGUUGGUUGGAGUAGUUGGUGGCAUUCAGGCCGGUCUUAUUUGGGCUGGGGCCUCGACUAACUUCAAAAGAAAGAUGUUUCACUUUGCGAUAUUCGCUUACCUUUGGGUGGUGCCUUUAGAAGUGGCUCGUGUACAGAUGGUUGGGGCAAUGACUCUCUUCUCUUUGCUGCCGCGCAUUAAUGCGGUCUACAGCCGGAUCUUCCGUUGUGAAAUAGAUAGAUGGAACUUGGUCGCUGGUUUUGUCUCAGAAAAGGACCAGAAACAAGUGCUGUCCCAUGUGUGGCUGUUGUGCAGCUGCUUUUUUGUCGUCGAGGGCGUGUCAAACCACGAGCGGGCUUGGUUCUGUUUGUCAUCGGUCUGCAUUGUGGACAGUGUUGCCUCUUUCUUUCCUCGUGAGAAGGGCGGUCAUAAGAGCCUGGUGGGAAGUUUGGCUGGCGGAAUGGUAGCUAUGGUUGUGUUGCAACUAUUGGGGAUUAAUUACCCCCUGGGUCUUUAUUUACUGGUCGGGGCUGCUGAGUACUAUGCCGGAGUUAAUGACAACUUACUCUUGCCUGUCUUUGCCUACGCAAUAUCGGGAUUAUGUCAUCUCAACAACGAGUCUAAGGCCGUGAUAAAUUGA